AUGCGCAGGCAGUUGAUACAAAAUCAAUUCAGCUGCCGGCCUGAUAAUUUGCAGCAUGUAGUUUUUCAGGAGCUUGACCGCUUGACACCUGAGCAGAAUGCCUUGGUCAGCGGCUGCGUAGCUCUGGUCACAGCUCUCGGGGCCUUCACGCUCAAUGCUGUGCCCCUGACUCUUGGCUCAACUCGCUUCGCGUUUGCCAGCGUGGGAGGAUUUUUCCACUUCACAGCGUAUUUGUGCACUUUGUGCGCGUUCACGUCUGCAUCGAGCACUGUCAUCACCCCCUUGAUGCAGCUCUCUGCGCUUUGGAUGCUGCCCUUCUCCACCUCCGCUGCCUCCCUUGGUCUUGCUCCCAUCAUCCGACCGAUCCACCUGUUUGCAGUGUUGCUGAUAUGCGCUGGAGGAUUCCUCCCAGCCGCAGAUGGUUGUCUCUCCUCAGUCGCUACGGGGAAGUUCUGGCAGCAACGCGCGGUGAGAUACGUGGUCACUGGGGAGUUGCUGAUCUGCUGCUACAAUGUGCUGCUGCAUCAAGCGACCUUCCACGAUCCAGGUCUCGAAUCGUCCACUAAGAGCUUGGAGCCGUUUCAGUUCUUUCUCAUCAGCCGUGUCGCCAAUGGGCUGACAUGCGCAACUCUCUUUCUGGUCAUUCCGUCGCUGCGUUCCCACCUCUGGGCUCUUCGCAAGGUCAAAAGACGAUUUUUUGCAGUGGCACUGCUUGGAGAGGUCCUCUCCAUGGUCGGAGUGUGCCUUGUCACUUUCUCCUAUUCUGGCUUCUACGAGCCGUCAGUUGUGAAUGCCGUCGAAGGCGGCUUACAGCAACUAUUCAAUCUGAUUUUUGCCAUCAUCUCACACCGCCUCCUGGGCUUGGGACGAGGAGUGGAGCAGGUGCCGGUGAAAUGCGUGUCCCUGCUUCUGGUAUCAAUCGGCUUGGCAUUGUCCACCACGUGA